CUUCCCCAGAUACACACCCACCAUGGCUGACGAAGAGGAGCGCCUCAAGGCCGAGAAGCUCGCGGCUGCCAAAAAGAGGGUCGCCCAGCUGCAAAAACAAAAGAAGAAAGCCAACAAGAAGAGCACCAGCACCAGCGCCGACACCCCCAAAGAGGCCGAAUCAUCGCAAGACGCCGAACCGCCCAAACCCACACCCGAUGAAGAGUCCCCCGCCCCGGAAGAGAAACCGGACGAGGACACCGCCGCUGCCGCACCCGCCCAGGAUGAUGAUGCCGCCGCGCCUCAGCCCGAGUCCUCCUCGGAACCUCAAGCAGAGCCGGUGCCCGAGCGCACAGAAUCGCCCGUCGAACCCAUGCCCGAUGCUCCGACCUCGCCUGGGCCAGAGGCCGAACCGCAGAGUGCGACGCGGCUAGACGCCCCGCGCGCGACCCACGGCCGCCAGCCCUCGCUCUCGAUCCAGUCGAAGAUGCGGUCGUCGUCGUUCCGCAAGACGUCUGUGUCUCAGGGCAGUGUGUCUCCGUCUCCAUCGGCGACGAUCAAGUCGCCGUCGCUGCCGCCGUUGUCGGCGGACGGGGAUUCCGUGCAGGAGGUGUAUCGGAAACAGUCGACGCGGAUCGAGGAGCUGGAGAAGGAGAAUAAGCGGCUGGAGAAGGAGUUGGAGGACGGGACGAGUCGGUGGAGGAAGACGGAGGAUCAGCUGGAGGAUCUCCGUGAGUCGAGUGUUGAUGCGGCGGAGUUGAAGGAUAAGUUGGAGAAGGCGGAGCAGAAGGUGGGGGAGAUCGAUGAGUUGAAAGCUGAGAUCGCAUCGCUGCAACGACAGAACUCGCAUCUCCAAACGAGAACUCACCGCAACAAUUCCGGCGCUUCCCCUGGAACAACGGAAUCGCCGCCGGCGGAUCUGGUGCAGCAGUUAGAGUCGAAAUCCGCAACGAUCGAGGCGAUGGAGCUCGAAAUCUCCAACCUGAGGGCGCAGCUGACCGAGCAGACUGGUUCAAACACUGCGCAUGAAGAGCAGAUUGCGGCUCUGGAAGAGAAGCUAUCGCGCAGCGAAACCGCCCUCGAGAAGACGCAGAACGAGCUCACAGACACCAAGACCGCUCUCACGCGUGCCUCCGAGAAGGCCGUCAAGGAGGGCGUGGACAAGACGUCGACAGAAACCCUGAUCAAGAACCUCGAGCGAGAGAUCGAAGAACUGAAGAACGAAAAGACCGAAUCAGAGAAGAAGAUCGAAACGUUAGACAAGAAGCUCCAGGCCAUGGGCAACCUCCACAAAGAGUCCGAGGCCCGGCACUCCACUCGACUCCGCGAGAGCGAAAAAGCCGAGAAGGAAGCGACCGCGCUGCGCAAGAAACUGGCCAGCAUCGAGAACGAGAACCUCCGCCUGAAAGAAGAGCAGGUGAAGAAACGCGAAGUCGGCGGGGGCGGCGGCGCCGACGACGACGCCAUCGACGAGCUGGAGGACGAAGAGCGCUCGCGCCUCUCGCGGCGCAUCCGCGACCUCGAAGGCGAAGUCUUCGACCUGCGCCGCGGCGUCUGGCAAGACCGAAAGCAUGAACUCGCCGCCACCGGCGGCCAAGAUUCCGACUUCGCGCCCGACUCCGCCAACAACCACGCCGCCGCCGCCAACACCUUCGACGAUGUCGACCUCGUCGGCGGCAGUCCCGAGCACGCCCGUCGCCGCAGCCUGGCCCAGCAGCAGCACUCGUCCUUCUCGACCGUGCUCUCCAGCGGCAUCGCCGCGUUCACCGGCGGCAGCAACCGAGGCCGUGCGCCCUCGAAUCAGCAGCACCCUCCCGCCGCGCGAGGCAGUCUGGAACUCCUGUCCGAAGAGAACCUGGACGACGAGUUCGACGAGGCGGAGUUCGCGCGCGCGCAGGCCGAAGAGGAGGCGCGGAAGCGCGUCGAAUGGGUCCGCGAGAUCAAGACCAAGUUGAAGGACUGGCAGGGCUGGCGCUUGGAUUUGGUUGAUAGUCGCGCGGGGGCUGAGGGGGCCGGGGUCGGGAUGGGUGAGAUUUUUGAGAUAUAAGGAUUCGGAUGGUCAUGGUUUCAUGAUGAGUAACUUUUUAUUUGUUUAUUUGUUUUGAAUUUAGAAUAUUGAUGGGAGUCGAAUGGUCGGUCGGUCUGUGUGGGUUAAAGGGGGUUUCAAUCAAUAUACCUCGGGGUUAUAUCUCAUUUACGAACUACACUGAAUUUCUUUGCGGAGGACAGAUACCGUUGGUUUCGCUGUUUCUGGAAAGAUA